UUUCCAACGUACGCGCACGGGUGGGCGUGACCUCUGGUCACACCGGCGUAGUAACCAUACCGCACCGUUUUCAAAUUUCCGAGCGGAAACAAUUAAUCGAACCAGCGAACAUGCCUUGUUUUGUCUUCCUCUUCUGCAUUUUUCUCUUCCUUUUCCUCUUCUUAGUAUUCAAAUUUGUCACUGCUGAUGGGGAUUUUACUUUGAUCUCGAAAGAGCAUGUGAAACGCGAAGAGAUUGAAGAUAAGGUUGUUUGGAUUACUGGUGCUAGCCGUGGAAUCGGGGAAGUACUUGCUAAACAACUUGCAAGAUUGGGUGCCAAGCUCAUUCUUUCUGCUCGGAAUGAAGCUGAAUUGGAACAAGUCAAGAACCAGCUCACUGGUAGACAUGCACCUCAUGAUGUGAAGAUUUUGCCAUUGGAUUUGGCAUCUGGGGAAGACUCUCUCAGGGAGGCUGUAGAGAAAGCAGAAUCCCUUUUUCCUCAUGCUGGUGUUGACUACAUGAUCCACAAUGCAGCUUUUCAGCAUCCUAAAACAUCAGCUUUGGAUGUUACUGAGGAGGGUCUCAAGGCAACAUUCAAUGUAAAUGUGCUGGGGACAAUAUCUCUCACGCAGCUCCUGCUGCCUUUCAUGCUAAAGAGGGGGAGAGGUCAUUUUGUUGUGAUGAGCAGUACUGCAGGAAAGACACCUGCUCCAGGACAAGCUGUGUACUCCGCUUCUAAACAUGCUCUAAAUGGGUACUUCCACACCUUGCGUUCUGAGCUCUCCCAGAAAGGAAUUAGAGUGACCAUUGUGUGUCCUGGGCCUAUACGAACCUUACGAACAAAAGAUUCUCCUGAGAAGCGUGUGUCAUCAGAAAGAUGUGCGGAACUAACUAUAAUUGCUGCCACCCAUGGACUAAAGGAGGUUUGGAUAUCAUACCAGCCUGUACUAGCUGUUAUGUAUUUGGUGCAAUACAUGCCAACCAUUGGCUAUUGGCUCAUGGACAAGAUUGGUGGGAAUCGAGUAGAAGCAGCUGCGCAAGAGGGAAAUACUUACUCAUUGAGGUUACUCUUUGGGAAAAAGAAGGCGGCAUAGAAAUAUUAUGAUGUUUGGGAGAGGACCCUGAUAUGGAAUUGGUGGUGUUGUAUUAGUCCGUAGUCGCAGCACCCAUAUUACACCUCUCCUAACAGUGAUUAAUGAGUGUAACAACUGUGUGAAGUUGCCUCUGUUUACGCUAUCUCUUACCCAUGCCCUCAUUCACAAAUUUUGAGUUUGCUUGUGCAUAUAUUUUGGAUAUAAUGUAAGUUUGUAUUGACCUUUGAUGAUACCAACUCGUGUUUGGUUUAGAAAAUUACUAUCCUAGGAAAAAAUUUACGGUAAGUACUCAUUUUCACGGCAGUGUAAGUUGCCAUGAAUUGAAUGUAUGUACACGAUAGUUUGUUUAUUUCUAAAUAAUGUGUAAAUUUUGUACAUAUUUGAUUGGCUGUCAUCGCCAUUGUUUGACAGGAA